AUGGAGGGCCAAAUUGCGGCAGUGUGUCAGAACAUUGAAACCCUUUUGCAGCAGCUUCAAAAUGAAGGCACCCUCGACGAGCAAUUCCAACAGUUGAUGCAGUUGCAGGACGACACCAAUCCGGACUUCGUCGCGGAAGUAGUCCAGCUUUAUUUUGAGGAUUCAGUACAGAAAAUAGAGCGCAUGGGAGCUAUGCUCAGUAGUUCAGCACCAGAUUUUAAGGAGCUCGACCAGCUGGUGCAUCAGUUUAAAGGCAGCAGCGCAAGCCUGGGCGCGGCAACAAUAGCUCAGCUCUGCAUCAAGAUGCGCGAAGGCUGCCAGACGCAAAAUCAGCAGAUGUGUCUCGCGUUGCUCGGCCAGUUACGAGACUCUUACAUGUUGUUGAAGAGCAAGCUGGGCACCUUCAUGGCUUUGGAGCAACAGCGGAAAAAGCUGCAAGCGGACCUGGGGGGAUGA